AUGAGCUGUGAAAGUAGUGGCACGAUACAUGAUAUAAAACGAGCUAUAUCAAUGUGUAAAUGGGCUGCACCUAGCCCUGCACCCAUAUUACGCGCUGUUAAAGGUCAAACGACAAUUGAAUUAGCAAAAAAAGAAGGUUCACCACUUGGUUUAACAAUAUCCGGUGGUAUUGAUAAAGAUGGUAAACCACGAGUAGCACAACUUAAACCAGGUUCAUUAGCACAAAAAUCUGAUGUAUUAGAAACUGGUGAUAUUAUAACAGGAAUAAAUAGUACGAAAACUGCUGGUCUUCGACAUGAACAAAUUAUUGAUUUAAUAAAACAAGCAGGAGAUCAAUUAACAUUAGAACUUGAAUAUGAUUUACCUAAAUGGCCUUUACAUGCAAGUAAUACAGUACAAACAAAAACGAUUCAAAUUCAAUUAGAAAAAGAAAAUCAAAGUUAUGGUUUUAUUUUACGUGGUGGAAAUUCUGAUGAUAAAACUCGAACACGACCACUUAUUAUUACAAAGAUAAGACCACAGGGACCAGCUGAUAAAGAAGGAACACUUAAAAUUGGUGAUCGAGUUUUAGCUAUUAAUGGAAUUAAUGUUAGUGGAGCAACACUUGAAGAUGCUAAUAAUAUUAUGAGACAAUGUCGUGGUACAACUCUAUUUCUUAUUGAAUAUGAUGUUGCUAUUGUUGAUAGUGUUAAACAUGCAACCGGUCCACUUUUAAUUGAAAUUGAAAAAUCACUUGGAUCAACAAUUGGUAUUAAUUUAACACAAAAAUGGAUUCGAAAUAAUCGUUCAGUUAUUGUUAUUGAUAAUGUUAAACCAGCAAGUAUUGCCGAUCGAUGUGGAGCACUUCAUAGUGGUGAUCAAGUAAAUGCUGUUGAUCAAAAACCGUUUGAUGGCAUAUCAUUAAUGGAAGCGAAUGCUAUUGUUCGAGCAUGUACAGGAGAUUUUUGUCAUAUUGAAGUAACACCUGCUAGUGCUUUAGCUGCACAACAUAUGAUAGUUGAAACGACACAAAAUCGAGGUACAAUAAAUAAUAAUGAUAGUAAUCAUCAAUCAUAUUAUCGUCCAGCAGUACAAAUAAAUAGUUCAACAAUGAAAAAUAAUCAUCAAAAUAUACCUCGAAAAUUGAAUAAUAAAACACGGCAUAAUUCAAUUAGUUCACUUAAUUCAUGUUAUCAAACACUUUUAAAUAAUCAAAUGUGUCAUACAGAAACUAUGGAAUGUACACUUCAACUUGAUUCAACAUCAACAAAUAGAAGUUCAGUAGAUGAUGAAACUAUUGGAAGUUUUGGUUUUACAAUUCAAAAUGGUUCGUUUACAACCGAUAUACUUUUACAACCACCUAUUAUUGGAUAUUUGGCACCUGGUGGUAUUGCUGAAAGAUCUGGUACUCUUCAAUUAGGUGAUCGUAUUCUUAGUAUAAAUGGGCAACCAUUAGAAGGUAUGUUAUUAGAAGAUGCUCGAUCAUUAAUUAAAGGAACAAAACAACAAUUGCAUCUGGAUAUUGAAUUUGAUGUUGCUGAUUCUGUUAUGCUGUCAUCUGGUAUAUGUCAAGUAAAAAUUCUACGAAAAAAUCUUGAUCUUGGUUUAUCAGUAACUUAUUCUCGAACUGAAGAUGUUCCAAUUAUAAGUGAUGUUAAACGAGGUAGUAUAGCUUAUCGUUGUGGAAUGAUUCAAGCUGGUGAUCAUCUAUUAUCUAUUGAUACACAUUCAUUACGUGGAAAAAAUUUAAAUGAUAUUCAUUCAUUAUUAAAAACCUCGGAUGAUAUUGUACGAUUACGAAUAAAAAAAGAUGAUAUCUAUUCGGAAGAUAAUCUCUGUGAAAAUGUCGUAGUUUAUAAAGUACAAUUACUUCGACAAGGUGGUCCACUUGGAUUAACAAUAUCAGGUAGUGAAGAUGUAUUUCAACCAAUUGUUGUAUCCGAUUUAUGUGAAGGUGGAUUAGCUGAUAGAACAAAUGCAAUUCAUAUUGGUGAUCGAAUUUUAGCAAUAAAUGAUGUUAGUCUACGUGGUAAAGGUCUUAAUCAAGCAAUUAAAUUAUUACAAACAAGUGGUGAUGAAAUAACAUUAAAAAUUUCUCGAUUACUUCAUCAACCACAAAAAGAUUACACACCAUCAGUUGAUUCAGCUAUUGAUUCUUGGAGUAGUUCAUAUACAGAUAAUAGACUUAGUGAAAAUGGUGAAACAACAACAACAACAACAACAAAAGAUAUUGUUAUUAAUGAACAUCAACAUCAACAUUAUCAAGUACCUAAUCCAAAUACUAGUCUAGGUGAUUUUGUUCUUAAACAUCGAACACAUUUAUUAGCAGCAGCAGCGAAUAGUAAUCGUUCAGUAGGUAUUGCUCCACCUGCAUCAAGUUAUCGUACACCACCAACUAAUGCACGAAUACGAGAAUCACAACGUCAUCCUGAAAAUGAACGUCCAACUUCAUGUGGAAUUAAUGAUAAAACAAAUCGUGCAAGUAUUUAUGAUGCGAAAUAUGAUAAUUAUGCUCGACUUCGUUCAACAAAUGAUACAUUAACAUUAAUACUUAAACGUGAUAAACGUAUAUUAGAUUUUGGUUUUUCAAUAUCUGAUCGUCUUUAUGGUACAGGAGUUUAUGUAAAUAAAAUUCGACCAAACGGUCCAGCUGAAUUAGAAGGAACAUUAAUACCAUGCAUGAGAAUUUAUAAAGUAAAUAAUAUCGAUGUAACACGUAUGGAAUGUAAUCAAGUUGUACCAUUAUUAUCAUCAUCACCAGAUGAUUUAACACUAGUUGUUGGACGACGACCCGCACCAAUGUUCGAUGAAACAGAUGAAUUUUAUGAAAUGGAUGAAAAUGAAGAUGAACAUCGAUCUUCUAUGAUUGCUGAUGGAUCCAUAAAUGAUAAUCGAAAUUCAACUAUUGAUAAUAAUAAUAAUAAUACCUAUGCGAUUAUUUCACAAUCAAAAACAAGCAUUAUAUAA